UAAAGUAUUAUUUUUAUUUUUAUUUUUAUUAUUUAUAUUUAAAUUCAGAGUUCAGUGUUUAGAUAACAGGUGAAAGUAAAUGUUUGUACACUGAAGCGUUAAUAUAAUAAUAAAUAAUAAUUAUUACAUAUACCUGUAUAUAUUUAUUUAUUAAUUAAUUUUAAAAAUAAUGAAGCCGCCAUACGAAAACACGGAAGGUGUUAUCGCGCAAUUGUCUCAAGAAGAAGGCGAACGUAAUGUCGCAACAGCUAUUUGUGUCCAACUGGCUGGACGUGCGAUUAUCAGAGUUGUUUCGAGGUGUGAAGAAGCUCAGGAUAAUUGUAAUUUGGAUUUAUCAGAGUGCCAAUUAAUUCAAGUACCUGACGCAGUUUAUCAUUUAAUGAGACAUACUGAAUUAAAAUCAUGUGAUUUAAGCAGUAAUGUUAUCACUAAAAUACCACCUAAAUUUGCUGUUAAAUUUUCGUUAAUAACUGAAUUAAAUUUAAGUCAUAAUCAAAUAAGUAAAUUACCAGAUGAGCUCGCCGAGUUACAAGAAUUAGAGAGACUCGAUAUUUCACAUAAUACAUUUAUAUCAUUACCACCAGUUACAUAUAGAAUCCCACAACUAAAGCAAUUGUUUGCUAACAAUAAUUCAAUAAUAGAUGUGGAUGUUGAAAGACUCAAAAAUGCACCAUCGUUGGAAUUUAUCGAUUUAUGUGACAACACAAUUCCACCAAAAAUAUAUGAUUUAUUAAAAGAUUUAAAUUCAAUUAAAAUUGAAUUAACGCCACGUCAACUUGAAGAGUGGGAGGAUUUAACUGUCUAGCGAUAACUUUAUUUUUUAAUUUAUCUUUUUUUUUUUUUUUUUAUAAUAAGAAAAUGUGAUAUUUGCUCAAUGAGUCAAUGCAUUUCAUUGGCCAAGUAUUAUUACAAUAUUUGUGAUCUUUAUUUAAACGUCAAUGCAUUUUAAACUGUAUUGACAAAUAUCACUAUUUACUGAUACCGCUAACUAUUAUUAUCAAAUCUUUUAAAAUUCAUAACUUGGAAGAAAAUUGAGAUCGAGGCCCGUUUUUCGGCUCAAAUUAAAGGUCAAGGUUCAAGGAUCAAUUUUUGUUAAUGUUUGAUCAAAUUUCGAUCAAUAGUUUUCGAGAUAUCGAUCUAUUUAGAUUCAUAGAGAUAGAGCCUGAUUUUUAAUAAAUUUGAAUUUUUGAAUCGGAGCGGGAACUUUAGAAAAUUUGUAACUUUUAGGAAAAUUGAGAUUAAGACUCGUAUUUGGGCUCAAAUCAAAGGUUAAUGUUCAAAAUAAAAAAAAAAAAUUAUUGAUCGAAUUGUCAGAAAAAUCUCCACAAUUAUUGAGUGUACGAUAAACCUUAACCGGAAGUAAAAAAAAAGUUAGCGGUUUGAAGAUGAAAAAAAUGAAUUAUAAUUUUGUUGUCACGAGUAAACUGCCGUCAGCUGAAAAAUAAUUAUAAAAACAUUUAUACUUAAUAACUAAUUACCUUAUUGAUUAAUUCUAGUCAUAUAUUUUUAGCAUACAUUAAUUAUCAAUAAUUAAUUAAUAAAUAAAUUAUAAUUAGCGCACAAUUUUUAU